AUGGACCGGACUCUAGCAGUCGGUGCCACAUCAGGUUCCCUUAGUGCCCUCAUUUUUCGCUUAGUCACCGGUGUUCUGAACCCUAGCAUUCCUCCACCGCCAUUUGAGUGCCCUGUGUGCCCCGAGCUGCCAAACGUCCUUUUGCUUGGAUCCUGGGAGAUCGAGCCCUACAGCUGUGGCCUUGGACUUCUGAUUGGUCUGUGCAUAGGCCCAAUAUUGGAGUUCCUCUACCUGUUGCGGCAGACCUGGAAGGUUUGGUUGGAAUCCAAGCUGGUGUCUUCAGUCUCGACCUUAGAGCAAGAGGUGGAAGUUUUGCGACAAGAGGUGUGCGCUCUCUGUGAUCGGGUGCGCGAGCUUGAAAUCCGCUUGCCCCCUCCUACGGAAAGAGCUAGCACAGCGAGCUCUACUACCAGCUCGGCAGAGGUCUCUGGUACAGCUCUCGGUGCUGAUCGCAUCGCUGCGGCCAAGUCUUCCUCCCGCUUUGUUGCGGGCUUGAUGGCUGAGCUGGAAGACGAAGAGGAGGAGGGCUCUGCUAGAGGGUCAGACUUACCUGAAGAGUUUGACCUGGAGCUCAGUUUUGUGAUUUCAGGAAUUGAGACCAACUUCAACUACCCAGUGUUGGUGCUGCAAGACGUGAUAGACCCGGAGAAGCACUGUGAGUGCGUUGCUGUCACCCGAGUGGACGGGAAAUUGCUCCUGGCUGUCCCUGAGAGAGGCAUGGCUGGGUUUGUUAGACCUACACUGGAAGCCCUGCUCACCAACGAGGCGGAGGCCGGUUUGGUUUUCCCCCUGGAUGCGGCGGGCAGCCCGUUUGUGCCCUAUGCCCCAGCUCUAGUAGCUGUAGCUCAAGACCACUUUGCCUUCGUCACUGCCUACGAGGGUGGCGAAGCAGGAGAGAUGAAGGUGAGAAUGGAAAAGCUGGAAGACGGCCUAGCUCAAGUCUUAACCGAGCUAGGAAGACUGCGACAGCCCACAAAAGUGACCGGGCUGGCUGCUACACCAAAGCCGGCCGCAGCCAAGUCUCAGAAGCAAGUGGCCACCGUGAGUGCUCUUUUGGGAGGAGUGCCAGCCAACAAGAUGACGGCUGCCGACGCCCCAGACUUCAAGGAGCUCACAUCCGACGACGAGGAGGAGGAGCCUACCGCAGGCGCAUCUGGAUCAGCAGAUCCUGUUGGACAAGCAGUGGUGCAUCUGUCGAAGAUCGUGUCGGAAAUGAGAAAGGAGAAGCUGAAAAAGAAAGACAAAGGUCUGGAGUCCAUCUUGGAUCACGCAGAAUCUGGUGCCCCAAGAGAUGCCGCUCCCAGCUCCUCCAGUCGCUCGCACAUGGCCGCUCUUCGAUCUCUGCAGAAGUUGCUCGAUCAGCAGCCUCACUUGCUCUAUCGCGAGAUCGAGAAGUUGAUGGCGGAGGAUUGGCAGACUGGAGGAGCUAUGCCGGGCGUCGCAAUGAUGCCCACGACGGCUCGUGGCUGGUUGGAGCACAGGAGCAAAAUUGGCAACUAUGUGGGAGCCAUCCGCCCCGCCUGGAUUAUGGCUGGAGCUUGGGACGACCUCAGACAAGGCAAUGCAGACCGCGCUCGAGCACGACUUGCUUUGGGAGUGGCGGCGUACGACCAGCAGGCGUACGAUCGAGGCAGUUGGCUGCUGGCCGGGGAGAUGAGCCUCGAACAUCCUCCUCCAUAUGGGAGCUUCGGCGCCCACCAGCCUCCAGAUGUGUGGGAGACACCUCACACACGCCUCAUCGAUGGCCGCUGGUUCGACCUGUUGAUCAGCAAACUCCGCAGCUUGGCCGACUACCAGGAGAAGAAGGCAAAGCUCAAUCCUGGCAAGGGCAAGGCCGAAGAAGGGCAACCGAAAGCAGAACCGACAAAGAAGCCUCAAGCGAAACAAGGCGGCAAAGGGGGAGGAAAGAAAGGAGGAAAAGGGGAGGACAUUGCUCUGGACGAAGACUGUCGCCCGAAGGAGGCGUUUUCGGAGCCGCAUGUGUCUGCUGGCGUUCGAGUACCCGGUGCACGGGCAGAGACUUGCAACGUCAAGCAGCUGUGGAAUUCAUUGAUGAGAUGGAUUAGUUCUACCUCGUCUUCUUUUUCCCGUUUUUUGAAGUCUUUGCUCAGCACUGCACCGCCUGUUGAGGGUGGUACGACCUCUACCUUGUGGCCUAUGCCAGUGCCCUAUCCUGCAGUCUGGUCCCACGAAGUUGGAACUGAGGACGGUGCGGCGAUCACUAGAGCUCAGCAGAGGGCUGUCAAUUUGGUGGUAGCUGCACUUAGCUGGCUGCAUAUGGGGCGCCCUGGCGUUGCUCCGUCAUCCAUGUCUCUAGCGGCUUCUUUGUCCAGAAGGCAGUGGCAAGUGGUUAAGCGUUUUGAGAGGCAGAUGGAAGAUGUGAGUGAGAGUGGAGAUAUAGAUGCGGCCAUGAUGGGCCGCACCGCUGCCAAGGUAGAAGGUUUGGAUGCAAUCAUCGCGGAGCUGCAGCAGCAGGCUAUUGCUUGGAAAGCUGAUAGCUAUGAGCAGCGUUGGCAAGCACAGGACCGUCGAAACCUGGCGGCAAGGUACAAAUCUGGACAUCAGCUCCUGGACCCUGGCGUAGUUGUGGGCAAGUUGAAAGUAGGCGUCCCUGCUUUAGCAAAAGAAGUAGAUGCCUCUAGGCUGUCAGUUCCCGAAAAGCCUCCAGAGUUUGAUCCUGCUGAUUUGUUUGGAGAACUUCAUGCAACAGUUUAUAAAGACCCAGUCAGCCAAGCUAUAGCUCCUCAUGAAGCUGAUAUGAUGCCUCCCAGAGUUAGAGUACAUGCUUCUAGGGAUCAAGCUCUUCGUUUCCUGCAGUUCUUGGAUGAGCGCCGGCGUCUGGAGCUAGUGCCAGCUGAAAAAGUACGAGAGACGCACCUUUGUGGAGCUUUCGCCUUGACCAAGGACUUAGAGAAAGAUCGAUUGAUACUAGACGCCAGACCUGCAAACAUGUUGGAGAGAACCUUGAAUGCUUGGACCCGGACUAUGGGAUCAGUGCAAGCGCUGUUGCAACUUGAGAUUCCCCCUGCAAUGUCUUUGUAUUUUUCUGGGACAGAUCUUAGGGAUUACUACUACUGUUUUCGGGUUUCAUCGAGAAGAGCAUGGCGCAACGCUAUGAGACUGCCUUUAUCACCUGCAGAAGUAGCCGGGCUCAACUGUUUCUCACCUAGCAUGAAGCACUACAAGGCACUGUACCCCUGUUUGAGUACCAUGGCAAUGGGAGACAACAAUGCUGUAGAAAUGGGUCAAGCUGCUCAUGUUAACAUUGGGAUUCAAAUUGGAGCUAUCAAACCCAAGGAACUUCUCACAACUCAUGGCAGAGCACCUAGGAGCAAUAUUGCGUGUGGCCUUAUUAUUGAUGAUAUCAUUUUUGCUGAACAGCGAGAGACACCACCUAGUGAUGCCGUGCCUUCAGAAGGCGCUCGUCGGCUGCGGGCUAUGUGCGCUGAAUAUGAGCGCCGUCAUUUGUUUGCUCACCCUCGCAAGACCUUUGUGGAUGAGAACACGGUGGAAUUUUGGGGAGCAGCUAUGAACGGCUCUUCUGGGUUGGUGAGACCAGCUCCGAAACGACUGGUACCGCUGCUGUCGUUGACUGCAAAAGUGGCCAAGCUUGGUUACGCGUCGGUGGCUCUUCUGGAAGUUCUGGCAGGAGCUUGGGUUUCCGUUCUCCAAUUCAGGCGCAGGACGUUGUGUUUGCUGGAUGCUAUUUAUGUGGCUCAGCGAGGUCGGGAGUCGGAUGAUGUAGUGCGGAUCUCUGGACAUCUACAAGAUGAGCUUUGGUUGCUUGCCGUUUUGGGACCCAUUAUCUGCACAGACAUGAGAGCACAAAGCAUUCCUGAAGUUUUUCUUUCUGAUGCUGCGGAGGAGGCUCAAGCGGUGGUUGGUUGCCCUGUACCGCAGUUCUUUACAAAAGAGCUGCAAAGGCACUGCCUUACCAGAGGCAGUUGGAGCAAGCUUCUGUCGCCUUGGAAGGUAUGGUUGAAGAGUCAUGCCCAACUGCCCUUGGAGGACGAACUCCCGGAGGGCGUCCCCCUGGUUUCUCACCCCUUGUGGCUUGAGCUGGCGAAGACCCUGCAGUUUCAGCAAGACAUGUUUGUGAGAGUGCGGAAGAAAAAGCACAUUAAUUUCCUGGAGCUGGAGACCAUUUUGCUCUUCGAGCGGAAGCUGGCUCAACGCUAUCAGGAUGUGCGCUAUGUGAUGGGUGCGGACAGCCAGGUAGCUCUUGCCUGCUUGGUUAAAGGCAGAUCAAGCUCUCCUGCACUUAACCAGUUGUUGCAGAGAAGUUUGGCAACGGCGUUAGGUUGUGGCUUAUACGGCAACCUGGGGUUCGUCCCGUCUUUGGCCAACGUGGCUGACGACCCUACCAGGGAUCGACCUGUCCGAGCUCCAAUUGAAGAAACCCCCACAUGGCUGGUCGCCGCACUUGGCGGUGACUUUAGCAAGAUGGACAAGUGGCUGGAACGAUUGGGGUACGACCCGAUGCAUGUCGCUGAGUUGCCCUUUUCCGAAGGCACUGAAAUCAGUGCCACCGCGUUAGCUAGGGAGUUGGUGCCAGGUCUGCGCGAUGUACAGAAUCCUGACAGGUUAGACCGUUUUGACAAAGUUUUUUAUGAGAAGAAAGCCAACGCUGUUCAGUUGUAUAGUGAGCCCAAUUGUACAGUAACAGCCGACCAAGACGGUGCUGCUGCAUGUAGUUCUGCGUUUUUGGUAGCCGCUGAUAGGCACCCAAAAGUAGGUAUAAGCGGACAUGCAGCCAUGGACAAUGAGGAGUCGAUGAAGGCUCCGCUGUUGAGCGCAGCAGCCAGAGCAGCUCUGGCCGCUUUCCCUGCUGCACAGUUUUUUGCGCCAGGUGGCAAGCGAGCUCCUGCUGGGUUUCAACCGCAGCGCCGGGGAAUCCUCGACUUAUAUAGUGGAGAUGCGGGCGUCGCCCGCGCUCUCAGCCGGAAGUAUGGUGUCUGGGUGCUGACCUUUGACUUUGACCAUGGGCCAGGGCAAGACCUGCUGAAUGAAGAAGUGCAGCAAAAAAAUUUUGCUGCGCUGGAAGCGGAGAGUUUCCUAGGAGUAGGUAAUAUGGAAAAGAAGGUACGAGUGGGGAAUGCCCAUGCUGCUUUUAUGCUGCGCAUCCUGCAGUGGUGCGAGGAGCAUGAAUUGCCCUAUUGGGCGGAGAACCCGGACGGGAGUUUUCUUUGGUUGCUGCCACCAUGGAUCCAAACUGGCAUUGGGUCUUGCGGCCGUUCUUACAGGUUUGACCAAUGCCGAUACGGCACUCCAUGGAGGAAGAGGACUCGGGUGGCAACCAACACCCGACUUGCUGGCCUGCGCGAGCUUUGCCUGGGCUGUCACAGCCAUUUGCACUUGCGUGGGAAGAGCACACAGAAUAGUGUUUGCUGGACGAAAGUGGCACAGGUGUAUCCCAAGACGCUAUGCGAGCGCCUCGCAGAUGCACUGGCUGAUGCUGGUGGCCUUUUGCCUAUGCGCCGCAGGUUAGAUACUGCGAGCUGUGCACGCUGCUUGACGGCUCGAGUGGGCGAGGCAAGCCAUCCAGGUCCUGCUCGACCUCGAGAUCAUGGACCUCGUAACCCUCAGCUUCUUCAAGAUAUGCGCCUUGUUGAACCUCAGACAGCAGCAAGACAAGACAAACUUUGGUUGGAGCUCGAGCAAUGGCUACGAGAACGUCUUAGUCCUGACACUCUUAGCCAGCUUUUUCUUUGCCCCGCUCUUGCGGUCAAUGUCUUGCAAGCAUACGGCAUGUAUCUGUUUGAGUCUGGACGAAGAUUGUACGAGCUGCGGUAUACUUUGAUUGCUGUCCAAAACAAUUUCCCCCACAUGCGCAUGCUGAUGGGGCCGGCUUGGGCAGUUGUCUCAAAGUGGGAGAUGGUACAGCCUUUACAACACAGACUCCCUCUCCCUGAAUUGCUCUUUAAGGCCAUGUUUGUCCUUGCUGCUUUAAAAGGUUGGCAUCGUUGGGUUGGCACCCUGCUUCUGGGAUACGAAGGCAUUGCUCGGAUUGGUGAAGUCCUCAAAGCACACAGGUGCGACCUUUUGCUGCCCUCCGACCUGCUGGAGACCGACACUGGGGUUGCUUUUCUUCGAGUACGCCAACCGAAGACCCGUUUUCGAGGUGGUGCUGUUUUGGCGUAUCGCAGAGGCGAACCCAUAACUCACAUUUUGUGGCGGAUGCGACUGCUUUCUUUGCCCACUUUGUCUAGUUACUUGCAGGAGCUUGCUGCAGACUCUAUGAUCACCCAUCUUCCUCCUCGAGUGCGACACCGGAUCCAUCAAGUUGCUACCCUUUUUCCUUUGACCCUGCAGUCCCUGGGCUCAGCCACUGGCGUACAAGCUCAUGGCUCCUUGUUUGAUGCAGCAGAGACCUUACGUGGCUUCCCAGAAUGCUACGUCCUGGAGAACUUCGGUGCUUGUGUGAAGACAGAGCAAUUCGGCUCUUGGCCAUUGCACCGGAUGAUUGGUUUGCUUCGCAGUGAUGAACUGGUGGCGGAGCAUGAAGAGGAGGUCCUGGCUGCUGUGAUGCACUGGCACCGCAGCGGGCCCAACCGGGAUGAUGCCACUGCUGCCCUUCUGCAGAUGGUGCGCUUUCCUUUGCUGUCUGCUGAAGCACUGCAAGGUCUGGGCAGCCGAGAAGGCCUCACUGGCCUGCCAGGUGUUGUGAUGUCUCGACUCGCUGCAGCUGCUUUGAAGAUCCACCACGGCAUGCAGAGUGAUUUGAGAGAGCGACCAGACAGCCACGAGGAGGCCUCCUUCAUGAAGUCGGUCAAGCGGCGAAAUUCCUACCCGCAUUGGUGGGCUGAUUUUGGCUGCUCCCUGCGGGGUGGUGUUGUCAUAGCUGAGCGCAGUGGGCAAUUUGGCGAGGGCGAGUUGGAGCCCUGGGCAGUGCACAUCCACGACCAGUCGCUAUACAUCAUUGAUGGGCGAGAGCCGUGCUGCGUGCUACAGUGGCCGUUGGGCGCUCCAUCUGGCCGUGUGGUGGUAGGCACUGGCAGCACGCUGAAUGGAGUGAACGACUUCUCUGAUAUCAUUGACAUCGCAAUCGAUGCGAAUGGGGACCUCUUUGUCCUCGACGGACAGCACGGCCGCAUCGUGAGGAUCCGCGAUGGUGUUGGAGAGGUUGUCGGCGAUGGGUGUCUUUCAUUGGAUGUGGGCACCCGCGCUUUGUACAUAGGCAGUGAUGGCUCCAUCUACUUCAUUGAUGAAGGUGGCUCCAGGGUGCAGAGGUACUACAAAGGUAUUACCGCACCGGUGGCGGGUGGUGCCGACUCGGGUGAUCAACCCCAUCAGUUGGAGGAUGCGGAAGACAUAUUUGUCACCAAAGAAGGUGUGCUCUAUGUGUCAGACAGUGGCAACAAUCGCAUCCAGAAGUGGCUUCCAGGGGCGCACUCUGCUGUGACAGUGGCAGGGGGCAAUGGCAAAGGCUCUCGCUUGGAUCAGUUGCAGCAUCCCGUGGGACUUCAUGUGACUGAGGAUUCUACCAUCUACAUCGCUGACUACCAGAAUCACCGAGUCAUGAAGUGGAAAGAAGGCUGGCAAUAUGGCUUGGUGGUAGCGGGAGGACAUGGUGUAGAUGCCGGCCUCCACCAGGUGGAAGUUCCGAUGGAUGUUGUCUUGGAGGUGGCCCCCGGCCCUUGCCAGAGACAUACGGUUGCGCCCUGGGGCCUGUGGCGUUUCUUGGGGAUGGAACUGCUGCUAUCAAUGCUGAGCAUUUCUCUGAGUUAUCGCCCGUGGAAGGUCACCUGGCUCUUCUUGACCCUACCUCUGCUGGCAGCCGCCUUUCGGUGCCAGUUGGCAGCCGCACAGAACAAGCAAAGCAGCAGCUCUGUUGAAGAACAACAGCUGUACCAGUUAUGGCUUCAUGGAGCAAGCUGCCUCAGUGCCAUGCUGCAGGUCUGCCUGAUGUGUUUCGUUCCAAGCGUCACAGAGGAUUCGUGGGACAUCGUUCCCUCUGCGAUGUGCUUCGUGCUGCUGAACAUAGGUGCUUGGACGUCUGUGGCUGCUGCGAGAAGCUUGCAGGAGCACGUGGUGUCAGACAAAAGCUCGGCAGUUGCCCUGCAGCUUCCAGUCGACAUGGAACCCGUGGAUGUCAUCGACGUUUCGGUAGCAGAGACUGAGUUGGAAGAGAUUUGCAGCAUUUGCUUGAGGCCGCUGGCCACGGAACCCCUGCGAAGGCUCCAUUGCGGUCAUGCUUUUCAUCAAGGGUGUAUUGACGCCUGGCUGCGCACAGUCACUCGGGGAGAAACCCGGCUCUGCCCCAUGCGGUGCGAGAACCCCGUGCAGGUGCGGACAGCCCCUCCAGUGACAGCACCUGGUGUGGCUUCCGUGCAGCGAAACCGCUUGGCAGCGGCAGGUGUUGAGAUGAGUUGGAAUGUGCGGAUGUGGCAUGUGUUGUCUCAUUGUGAGGACUUGCAGGACUUGAGCCCCCCACAUCAACCCUGCUGGGACCGAUCUCUGCAGGUGGAGAACGAUAGGUAGAAGCUAUUGGGCUUGCCCCACUCAGUUCCUGCUAUGUGGACACAGUGUGGACCCAUGGAAAUUGCGUCCACCGUUCACAACGCGGACUCUGUUGGUACCUGAGUGGACCGGUGAAAAAGGUCCCUUCAACUAUCAAUCAUGCUGUGGGGGAAGCAUCUCCCAUGGCUUACGUUACUGAGCAGUGGUAAAGCCAUUGCUUGUUGCACAGAAAGAAUUCAUUCCAAAGCUGACUUGCGAUGUGACCUGAGACAUUUGUGAAGGCAAAGAGGC